AUGUUGUCCUCGUCCUCAUCCUCGACACCAACACCAUCGCCCACUACACAGUUAAGGACUUCAUUACCACAGAUGCCUCCAUCAUUAUCAUCAUCAUCAUCAUCGCUCUCAUCUGCAUCAUUACCAUCAUCAGAGUCAGUCCUAUUAACAAUGGCAUUAUCGUCACCAUCGCUAUCAUCAACACCACAAAUAGAACGAUCACCAUCAGGGUUAUCACAAGCAAAAACACCGCCAACGUCCUCAACGCCAUCAUCGUCUCCAUCGUCAUUAGAGUCGCCUGCUCUAUCGCAAUCAUCGUCACGAUCGGCAUCGUCAUCACCACCUUCAUCACAGUCGUUAUCGUCAGCGCCAUCUCUAUCAAAGUCGCCUUCACAAUCGGUAUCGUCAUCACCAGCUCCAUCACAAUCACCAACACAAUUGGUAUCAUCAUCAUCUUCUCCACCUCAAUCACAGUCAUCAUCGCUAUCGUCAUGGCUAUCGUCAUCAUCGUCCCCACCUCUAUCACAGUCAUCAUCGCCAUCGCCAACUCCAUCAAAAUGGCCGAUACAAUCAAUAUCAUCAUCAUCAUCGUCAUCACCAGCUUCAUCACAAUCGCCUUCACAAACGGUAUCAUCAUCUCAUCGUCCCCACCACUAUUACAGUCAUCAUCGGAUACACCAGUUCCAUCACAGUCGGUAUCAUCACCAUCGUCCCUUUCUCCGUUACAGUUAUCAUCACUACCAGCUCUAUCAAAAUCGGCAACGCACUCCGUAUCAUCAUCAUCAGUGUCAUCAUCAUCGUUCCAACCUCUAUCACAGUCAUCACCAGUUCCAUCGCCAUCAGCAUCAUUAUUUCUACCGCCAACGUCAUCACAAUCAUCGUCAUUUUCGCCAUCACAGUUGAUAUCGUCAUCGUCAACAGCAUUGCUAUCACCAUCGUCAUCAUUACCAUCACCAUGGCAAACGUCAUCUCAAUCAAUGUUGUCAUCGGCAGCUCCAUCACAAUCACCAGUGACAUUCCGAUUGAUUCAAGGUUCCGUAACCAUUGAGUACAAGUGGGCCCCUACCUAUUCCGAUAUCAACUCAGAGGAGUACAAAACGCUUCAUAGUGAACUCACUGAACAUUUAACCAAAGUGCUCAAGAAAGCAUACGACGAACUUUUUAUAAAGGUGGAAAUAAGUAACUUCCGUCAAGGAAGCCUCAUUUUCGAUUACAGAAUUUACUUCAAAAUCACAUGGAUUGUAAGCAGAACCGACGGAUUGAAAGAUGUCAUUAGGAGAGCGGAAGGUGGUGAUAAGAAGUUUAACUACACUACUAGUGUA